CCCCAAACCUUUUGGGGGAUCCAGUCCAUUAAAUCCCAAGCCCGGUGUUGUUAGCUCCAGCACUGUCACCAACUCCCAAACCCAAUGGUUCGGGCCCAAGGGCAGCAGCAUGGUUGUCUUUCGAUCUGAACAGCAGGUCAUUGUACCCCAAGCUGGAAGUGCCACCGUCUACAAUUCUGGCCGAGAGAUUAUUAUGUCCAGCUGUGGGGCAGGGAACGCAAGCCAGCCCCAGCCGGAGAAGCCCCUUGCAUUGAGCUCUAUCAGCUGCAUCCCACCGGAACAAAACUGGCAGGGCCAGGAGGAGCUCUCUGAUGCCCAGUUCCUCAAAGAGAUCCCUGCACCCCUCCCCAAUGUUUGUGAUUCCUCAGCGGCAGGGCCACAGCCAGAAAGCUGCAUGACUCAACCCAGAAGUGCCGGUGUGAGAGAAGCCCAAAGGCAAAGGUGUAUGCUUGUGCCAAACCCUGCGCUCACAUCAGACGGAGAUGCUACCACACUCGAGGAGGGAGUUGUUCCUUUCAGCACGCCCCAGAGAGACUGCAGCCCAUACAGCGAAGCUGAAUUCCAGAAGCACAGCAACCUGUUCACGGAAAGCAGGUCUGAAAGGGAGCAAAGCAUGCCCGAUACAGAUGGCCCCUUAGCAAACGGGUCAGAACAAGACAGCAACCAAUCAAGGGCAGAGGAGGCUGGUGCAUCUAAAUCCCAACGCAUCCAGUGCCCAUCAGAUGUUGCAGCUGAAAUCGGCGUGUUUGGGACUGGAUCCCUGGAAACUGCUCUGACGGACCAGAAAGGCACCAGCCGAACUGAGCAAAGGGCAGAACAAACAGCCGGGACAAAAGUUUCCUCGGUAUUUGCCCUGGAACCAAACGUCCCCCUUGCUGAGACGACAAGUUCCGCUUGUGAAUUCCUGAGCCAGAAAAUAGGGAGCAGUAACAGGACGGCAGAACAGGAACCGGAGGAAAUUGUGGAGAUGGAGCUUUUCGUAGACACCCUCCGCAACAUGGAGCCCGCUGAGAUCCGGAAGCCCUUGAAACUCCACCCCAGGGCCCCGCGCUCCUCCGUGCUGGCAAAGCAUGCACCUCUUCCACCCAUCCAUGAAGACCACAUCACGCCCAAGUCAAAGGUUGCUCUCCCGAUGGCUCUGGGGACGCUGUAUGCUCUCGCCGAGGAGAGAAAUUCAGAGGAAGGAAAAGAAGAAACCAAGGAGGAGGAGGAAGAAGAAGACAUGGAGGAGAUAGAGAACCCAUAUCUCAGUGAGGAUGAAAAAGUGCAGGGAAACAACUACACCAGGAAACCUUACCCUUGGGAAAACAAGUUGUACAAGACGGAGGAGGAGAUUGGAUCUUUCUUGGGAAUGCUGCAACAGGGCCCCGACGACCUGAAAGCCAAAACCAUUGCUCCUAAAGCGAUUGUCAAUCAGAGCAACUUGAUCCGAGCCAACAUCCUCAAGGGGAUGUCUCUUUUGUCUGGCUUUGUGGACAAGAAGGCUGUGGAGGAGAAGCCUUAUUCCCGCUUGGACAACAGCUUCCUCUACAGCAGGUUCAUCUGCCCGGAGAAGUCCUCCCCCAAAGCCUCAGCAAAAGGGAAAGAGGGGAGAUGCCCACCCCUCCUCCUGACUUCGAGUGUCCUGAAAGUCAACCAGGAAUGCCAGACAUCUCCAAAAGGGUUUGAGGUGGAUGAAGCAUAUGAACAUCUGAGCUUUGAGCCGCCACCAUCUGGGCUCCAAGCUGAGCCUUCCUCUAGGGCGCCAGGUGCAAAUGAUAGCUCCGAGCAGAUGACUGGUCUGUCCAAGGAAGAAGAGUUGCCGUCCCAGCCAGAAGCUCAGCACGAAGAAAAGAAGCGCCCGAAGAAAGUCAACAUGCGGCCUGGGAAGAUCAUUCUGUACUCUGAGUCAGGCUUUGAGGGCCAGAAGAGAGAAGUCUGGGGUGAUAUCACCGAUGCCACAUCCUGGGAGCUGUCCCACACGAUCUCCAUCCGAGUGGUCCGAGGAGGCUGGGUGAUGUACGAGAAGCCCCGGUUCCAUGGGCGGAAGUGCGUGCUGGCAGAAGGAGACGUGGAGAUCACCAACCCUUGGACGGUGUACCACAAAGCCGGGGCUGAAGCGGAGAACACGCCCUUCCAUAUCGGUUCGCUGAAGAGGGUUGUGCGGGACUACAGGAUCCCUGAGAUCAGUUUGUUUUCUGAGAAGAACGGAGAAGGCACAAAGCGGAGGUUCACGGAUUCCGCAGAGGACACACGGAUUCACAGGCAGCCCUUGAAGGCGGCAUCUAUCAUUGUACACUCUGGCCUGUGGCUCGUGUACUCGAAGCCAUUCUUUGACGAUGACCCUUACGUCUUAGAAGCUGGCGGGUAUCCCAGUUUGCAAGCCUGGGGUGCCAAGGACCCUUCCAUCUGCUCCAUGCAUCCCAUUAAGCUGGGUUGUCCUGUCGUAGAAAAGCCUGGAGAGCCGAAGGUUCUGGUUUAUGAGGAGCUGCAUUUUCAGGGCCUCAGUUGGGAAAUCAGCCGAGACAUUUACAACCUGAAGAAGCCAGAAAACAACCAGGACUCCAAGAUGUCUACCGUGGGCUCCCUGAAAAUCAUGGGAGGCUGUUGGGUUGGUUACGAGAAGGAAGGUUUCCGCGGCCACCAGUACCUGCUGGAGGAAGGCGAGUAUUGUGACUGGACGCAGUGGGGAGGCUACAAUGAAGAGUUGGUGUCGCUUCGGCUGAUCCGGACGGACUUCUUGGAUCCGGCCCUUGUGCUGUUCGAGGCCAUGGACUUCGAAGAAGGUCCCAGUGUUGAGCUCAGUGAGGCGCUGCCGGAUGUUGAGCUGGCCAGUUAUGGGACCACAACGCAGUCCAUCCACGUCCUGAGCGGAGUGUGGGUGGCCUACGAAGACAAGAAUUUCACUGGGGAGCAGUAUAUCCUGGAAAAAGGAGUGUACCGCAACUGUGAAGACUGGGGGGCCACCAACUGCCAGAUCUCUUCGGUGCAGCCUAUCCUACAGGUUGGGGAACACAGUCUACACUUCAUUUCCAAGAUCCAACUCUUCUCAGAUCCAGACUUCUCAGGGACCCAUGUCGCUUUCACAGAGGACCAGACAUCGCUUCCAGAGAACUUCAUCCCGCGCUCCUGUAGGGUCAAUGGAGGCAGCUGGAUUCUCUACGAUGGCCAACGGUUUGAUGGAGAGCAGCACAUUCUCUCUGAAGGCGAAUACCCGACAUUGACCUCCAUGGGUUGCCUCUUCACCACGGACAUCCGCUCGCUGAAGAAAGUCCCCAUUUUCUUCUCUGAGCCCUCCAUCUUCCUUCACGGCUUGGAAUGUUUCGAAGGGAAGGAGAUUGAGCUGAACGGCGAGGUGCGCAGCCUGCAGGCCGAGGGAUUCAACAACCACGUGCUCUCCGUCCGAGUAAAGGGUGGAAUCUGGGUGCUGUGCGAACACAGCGACUUCCGAGGCCGCCAGUGGCUGCUGGACUGUGUGGAGAUCACCAACUGGGUGACGUACAGCGGGCUUCAGCAUGUUGGUUCCCUUUACCCCAUCAGGCAGAAACGGAUUUACUUCCGAAUAAAAAAUGAAGAGCUGAAGACCUUCCUGUCUGUUCCGGAUGAUGUUGAAGACAUGAAAGCCGGCCGUGUUCUGGUCUCAGAGCUCAACGACAAGAUCAGCUCCAUUUGGUAUUAUGAAGAGGGACUUAUGAAGAACCAGGUUGCGCCCAACAUGAGCCUCCAGGUGAUCGGUCCGGCGGGCAAGGGCACCAAGGUAGUGUUGUGGUCUGAGAGCCGAGUGCCCCGGCAGACUUGGAGAAUCGAUUCCUUUGGGAGGAUCUGCAGCCAAAUGUUUGAAGACAAGUUGCUCGAUGUGAAAGGAGGCAGAAACUAUGAUCGGGAUCAUGCCAUUCUCUGGGAUUCCUCAGAGGAAAGACCCACACAAAUCUGGGCUGUCCAGGUGCUCUGAAGAAACCAGGAAUGAGAGGGACGUGUCGUGUUCAGAACCAGAAUUUGCCUUGCAGGUCAUCAAUGUUCCCCCUUCCACGACCAAUCAGCACUUCCAGGACUUAGUGCUGAUAAGGAUAAAUGUUUGGGUGCUGGAUUUGAUCAGCAUAUGAUAAUCUUUUCCCUUCAGACCAC